AUGGGAGAAUUCGCGGCGGCGGGCGAGGCGGGGAGCCAAGAAGCGGAGCAGGACGAGCAGGGGAUGCUGGCGACGGCGCUGGACGCCAUAAACUCGCUCAUCUCUGCCUCCUUCUCCGCCUCCCUCUUCCCGCUCAAGUGGCAGCUCGUCAGGGACAGGUUCAACCGGCUCCACGCCGGCCUCGCGGACAUCACCGUCAUCGCGGCCUCCGACGGCGAGGAGAGGCACGAGGCGUUCGAUGGCCUCCUACGGGACGUCGUUGGCGCGGUGAGGGAGGCGCGGGAGCUGGUGCCGCGGAGCCAGGGGCGGCACUACGGAGGCGGCAAGCUGCGGCUGCGGAGCGACCUCGACGUCGUCGCGUCCACGCUCGACACGCACCUGGCGCGGCUCGACGAGAUAUGCGCCUCGGGCUCGCUGACGCGCGCGCGGGCGCUCGUGGUGCCGCGGCCGUGCGCCGGCGCCAGCCGCGAGGACCUGCGGUUCUACGUGCGCGACCUCUUCGCCAGGCUCCGGGUCGGCGGGGCGGAGAUGCGGAGGGAGGCCGCCGCCGCGCUCAACGAGGUGCUGCGCGACGACGACAAGUGCGUGCGGGUCGUCGUGUCCGACGUCGCCGACGGAAUUGGCCUUCUCAUUGGGCUGCUCGAGUCCGCAGACGCUUGCGUCCAAGAAGAGGCCCUGGACGCCAUCUCGGUGAUCGCCGGGUAUGACGCUUCUUGCAAGGGCGACCUUGUCGGCGGCGGCGUCAUCGCUCCGGUGAUCCGGGUUCUUAACACGGGCGCCGGGACGGCGGCCAAGGAGAGGGCGGCGCGGGUGCUCAGCAAGCUCACGGAGAACGCCGACAACGCGUGGGCCGUCGCCGCGCACGGCGGCGUCACGGCAUUGGUCAACAUCUGCUCCGACCACCGUGCCAGCGGCGGCGAGCUCGUGUGCGCGGCGUGCCGUGUGCUGAUGAGCAUCGUGGGUGUUGAGGAGAUAAGGAAGUACAUGGUGGCCGACGCCGGGGCGGUACCGGUGCUCGUGUCGCUCUUGCAGGGCCCCAAGGACGAGGAGGCGCAAAUCCAGGCAAUGGAGCUCCUCGCGGCGAUCGCCUCCGGAGACAGCUCAUCCAGGGAGGUGGUGCUCCAAGAAGGCACAGCCGAGUCCCUCGUCCGCGCGCUGGACCCGGGCAUCCCGCGCUCCUCAAAGGCACGGGAGGUGGCGCUCCGCGCCAUCGACGCUCUCUGUUUCUCGUCGCCGGACUCGAUCGACCGGCUCAUCGGCGCCGUCUUCCUCAACCGCGUGCUCUUCUUCCUCCGCAACGGCGACACCACGCUGCAGCACUGCGCCCUAAAAGCAGCACACCGGCUGUGCCACGUGUCGGAGGAGACCAAGAAGGCGAUGGGGGACGCCGGGUUCAUGCCGGAGCUGGUGGGCAUCGUCCAGGCGGCCAAAUCCCUGGAGACGAGGGAGAUGGCGGCGGAGGCGCUCUGCGCCAUGAUGUCCGUGCACUGCAACCGGAAGCGCUUCGUCCAGGAUGACCGCAACGUGGCGCAGGUGCUGCAGCUGCUAGGCCCCGACGAGGAGAAGCCCUCGCCGGCGAAGCGGUUCUUGCUGUCGACACUGGUGCAUCUGGCGGACAGCAACUCCGGCCGGAGGAAGAUCAUGUCAUCGGAGCACGUGAGGAACCUCGAGAAGCUUGCAGAGACCAACGUGACGGACGCCAAGAAGAUCGUGAAGAAGCUCGGCGGGAGCAAGCUGAGGAACAUGUUCCAUGGCAUUUGGAGCCUGCGACCUUGA